ACAUGACUGCCUGACGUCGGACGCGGAAGUGAAAACACCAGCUAAAGUAAUAACACAAGCUUCUGAAGGAGUAAAAGACUCCUUAAAACAAUAUGAAUGACGAAUAUUACCUCGAGCUCAGUGAAAACCCUGUGCAGUUUGAGAACGCGUCGAGCGUCAACAAUGUGUUUUUCGACGAGGCAAACAAACAGGUGUUUGCGGUACGAUCUGGUGGGGCUACAGGUGUUGUGGUUAAAGGACCAGAUGACAAGAGCUCAGUGGCUUUCAGAAUGGACGACAAAGGAGAGGUGAAGUGUAUCAAAUUCUCAUUAGGAAACAAAAUCUUAGCGGUUCAGCGCACUACAAAAUCAGUGGAUUUCAUAAACUUUAUUCCUGACUAUCCACAUUUGGAAUUCUCCCAUGAGUGCAAGACAAAGAAUGCCAGUAUUCUUGGGUUUUGUUGGACCAACUGGAAUGAGAUUGUAUUCGUGACUGAUCAGGGGAUCGAAUUCUAUCAGGUUCUGCCUGAUAAACGAACCCUGAAGCUUUUAAAGAGUCAGAGCAUUAAUGUGAACUGGUAUAUAUACUGUCCAGAGACGGCGGUUCUCCUGCUUUCCACCACUGUGCAGGGAAAUGUGCUCCAGCCAUUUGCUUUCAAGACUGCGACCAUGUCAAAGAUGUCUAAGUUUGAGAUUGAGCUGCCAGCGGUGCCAAAACCAGCCAAACUCAGCCUCUCUGAACGGGACAUCGCAGUGGCAACUAUUUAUGAUCAGCUGUAUGUGAUGUAUCUGAAACAUCACUCCAGAACUACCAACAGUCCAGGAGCAGAAGUGGUCCUCUAUCAUCUGCCCAGAGAAGGCACCUGUAAGAGGACUAAUGUCCUCAGACUGAACACUACAGGAAAGUUUGCCAUAAACGUGGUGGAUAAUCUUGUUGUGGUUCACCAUCAGAGCACGCAGACUUCACUCAUUUAUGAUAUAAAGCUGAGGGAAUUAGAUGGCAAUGUAAAUGUGCAUCAGCCUGUGCUUCCUGCUCGCUCCAUAAACCCCUUCAAGAUCCCUCUUACAGGACCUGCGGCAGCUCCAAGUCAGGCUCCUUUGCCUUGUGAACUUUACUCAUCUUCUUGGAGUGUUUUCCAGCCUGAUAUCAUCAUCAGUGCCAGCGAAGGGUUUCUGUGGUAUCUGCAGGUGAAGCUUCAGCCCACACUGAACCUCCUGCAGGAUAAAGGCAAACUCAUGGACUUCUUGUUGCGCAGACGAGACUGCAAAAUGGUCAUCUUGUCUGUAUGCUCGCAAAUGCUCAUAGGAGGAGAUAAAGGAAACCUGUCUGUUGUGGCCACAGUGUUUGACAAGCUCAACCAAGUCUACAAAGAGUAUCUGGAUGCAGAACAAGCAUACACUGCGGUCAGUGAGCAAAACUCUUGUUUUACACUGUACCUUACAAAUACCUAUAAUAAUAUGUAGCAUUAAUAGUAGAAAUGUGUUUUUCAGGCUAUGGAAUCAGGCCCCAGUCGCUCCAGCGCUUAUAAAAGACCAGUCCGAACACAAGCAGUCAUUGAUCAGUCUGACAUGUACACACACGUACUCUCAGACUUCACUGAGAAGAAGGAGGUGAAGCAUAAGUUUAUCAUUGCAGUUGUAAUGGAGUACAUUCGCUCACUGAACCAGUUUCAGAUCCCGGUUCAGCACUAUUUGUAUGAGCUGGUCAUCAAAACUCUGGUCCAGCACAACCUUUUCUACAUGCUGCACCAGUUUCUUCAGUAUCACGUCCUGACUGACUCUAAACCGCUGGCCUGUCUGCUGCUUUCUCUGGAAAGCACGUAUCCACCUGCUUACCAGCUUUCUCUGGACAUGCUCAAGAGGCUUUCCACCGCUAAUGAUGAGAUCGUGGAGGUUCUUCUGUCCAAGCAGCAGGUUUUGGGUGCUCUGCGUUUCAUUCGUAGCGUCGGUGGCCAUGAUAACGCAUCUGCGCGAAAGUUUCUGGACGCGGCACGACAAACUAAUGACACCAUGUUGUUCUACACCAUCUUCCGCUUCUUCGAGACGAGGAACAUGCGGUUGCGUGGUAAUCCUGGUUUCAACCCAGGUGAGCACUGUGAGGAGCACGUCAGCUACUUUAAGCAAGUGUUUGGAGAAUCCGCCGUGAUGAAGCCAACCACAGCCUGAAGGAGCCCAAGCACAGCUGGAGAACAGGUUUUUCAGGAGGAAACAGUAUUGCGUUGACAAACCAAGUAAAAAAACAGCCAUAUGAAGCUCACAACACUAGAGAAGCCUCGUCGUAACAGAGACUUCUUUACCAUCUUCUUCAUGCAUGUUUGCUGAGCUACAGAUGGGUAAAGCAGUAACGCAUCAGUGUUCAACUUAGUGUGGAUCAUGUAUAUAUUUAACAACAAAUUCUAGCUUUUAAAUGGUGUAUGAUAAUAAAUAUGUUAAUAGUGA